AUGCCGAGGCUUGCGACGGCAACAGACGAGCGGCGCAUGGUUGGCGGCUGCGACAUUCGUGUAGAGGACUGGGACAUGGUCGCGCUAGGCGUUUUCGGCGAUGAUGGUUGGACGCCGGCGCCCCGACAGAGGGGACCAGUCCGUGUAGGCCUCGGUGCCGGAGUCGUCCGUCAGCUACCUCCGGGAGAGGUUGUGCUUGGUGGUAAGCGCUAUGUUGAACGUCUUGAUUUCGGUGCGCUUUGCUUGGCCGAUCGAUCAGUCUUCUCUUUGCCAAGAGCGUCUUAUGAGCGGCGCGUCAACGCCGACGACUGUUCAGUGCGGACGCCAUGCAAGUUUGUCAGACAGCCGAUUGCGCCACUUCUCAAGCUCGACAUCAUCAUGAUCUACCGAUAA